UAAGAACGGAGGGGGCGGCGGCAAGCCCGCUCACUCGGUACCGCUACUUGGGGGCUCUACUGACCGCACCGCUCCUGCUGGGGGCUGCCCUCGCCAGGGACCUACCUCUGUCGCCUCCUCUUCUGCCACCCAGGGAGGCAGUCUGAGCUGUACCAGCAGGGUUCUGUCCUUUGACAUUCUUGUUUGUGAAGAUGGAGAACUUAAUAUCUCUGGAGUCCAGCUUUUACUUGAGAUAACUGAAACCUUGUGUCUUAAGUUUCCCUGCAAGAACACCCUCAGGAUGGCAGAGGAGAGCAGCAGUGCCAGGGACUGCCUGUCCUUCAGCGUGCUCAGCUGGGAUCAGGUCAGCCGGCUGCACGAGGUCCUGACUGAGGUCGUACCCAUCCACGGACGAGGCAACUUUCCAACCUUGGAGAUAACGCUGAAGGACAUCGUCCAGACUGUGCGCAGCCGGCUGGAGGAGGCAGGCAUCAGAGUGCAGGACGUCCGGCUGAACGGCUCCGCAGCUGGCCACGUCUUGGUCAAAGACAACGGCCUGGGUUGCAAAGACCUGGACCUCAUCUUUCACGUGGCUCUUCCAACGGAGGCAGAAUUUCAGCUGGUCAGAGAUGUGGUGCUGUGCUCGCUCCUGAACUUCCUGCCCGAGGGUGUGAACAAGCUCAAAAUCAGUCCGGUCACCCUGAAGGAGGCGUAUGUCCAGAAACUGGUGAAGGUCUGCACGGACACCGACCGUUGGAGCCUCAUCUCCCUGUCCAACAAGAACGGGAGGAACGUGGAGCUGAAGUUCGUCGACUCCAUCCGGCGCCAGUUCGAGUUCAGCGUGGACUCUUUCCAGAUCAUCUUGGACUCAUUGCUCUUUUUCUACGACUGCUCCAGCAGCCCCAUCUCUGAGCACCUCCACCCCACGGUGAUCGGGGAGAGCGUGUACGGGGACUUCGAGGAAGCCUUCGACCACCUGCAGAACAGACUGAUCGCCACCAAGAACCCCGAAGAGAUCCGGGGCGGGGGGCUGCUCAAAUACAGCAACCUCCUGGUGCGGGACUUCAGGCCCACAGACCAGGAAGAAAUCAAGACUCUGGAGCGUUACAUGUGCUCCAGGUUCUUCAUCGACUUCCCGGACAUCCUGGAACAGCAGAGAAAGCUGGAGACCUACCUGCAGAACCACUUUGCCGAGGAGGAGAGGAGCAAGUACGACUACCUCAUGAUCCUUCGCAGGGUCGUGAACGAGAGCACCGUGUGCCUCAUGGGGCACGAGCGGAGGCAGACCCUGAACCUCAUCUCCCUCCUGGCCUUGCGUGUGCUGGCCGAACAAAACAUCAUCCCCAACGCCACCAACGUCACCUGCUACUACCAGCCAGCUCCCUAUGUCAGUGACGGCAACUUCAACAACUACUACGUUGCCCAAACGCCCGUUACCUACAGCCAGCCGUACCCUACCUGGCUGCCCUGUAACUAGCCUCGAGACCUGAGGGUUUCCGCAGCGGGGACCCCACAGGGCGAGGGCUCUCAGGUAGGGGAGCCUCCUUCUAGAUGUAGGUGUUUGGCUUUUUUAAAGGGGAACUCAGCUCUGAUUCGGCUUAUUUUUUCCUUUAUGCACCCAUUGGACUGGGUCUAUGGUAUGUCAUGAGCCAACCCUGAAGGGACCCAUUUUUCCAGUGCCACUUUGGAAAACGCUCUAGGAAGUAGGGCCCAUCCACAUCUUUCCGAGAGACACGAACACGUCACGCUCCGAACAUCCACACCGGGAGGUUUGAGCUCCGAGCGCUAAUGGAACCUGGGGAAGCUCCCGGGCAGUGUGUCUCCCUCAGGCCUAGAGUCGGCUCUGUUGGCCCCCACUUGGCGUGCUCCGUUGUUACGUGGAAGUUGUGGUUCUCGUCUGUUUUCUUGUGCCGAUUUUAGCCAGGCAGAAAAUGGGGGACGCGAGAGUGGUGUCGUGGCUGCAUUUUUGUGUUCAGGGGACCGGAUUACGUAUGUUUAUUCCCUGUUAGCAGAGCUGAGGAUUUCUUUUCACCAAGGAACCAAAGCCGGUAGCUGGAGAAUCGAGAUCUGGUUGAAAGUGGUUUAUGGUUUAGAUGCUGUGCUCUCACGAGGACUAGUGAGAUCUUGCUGAGGGAGGAAAAAAAAGGAAAAAAAAAAAAAAAGACCUUUGCUUGAAAUGUAACUUGAAAACAAAAUGAAAUGUGGAACACAACAUUAAAGGAGAAUUGUGGGGGCGGGGGUGGGGCAGGGCGGGGCUGGUUGUAAAUAGGAAACAUGAAUGUUCACCUUUUUUUCUAUCAGGAAUUCUUAUUGACUGACACUUCCCCCCCCUCCCCAGCAGCUUAUCACUUUAGUGUUGCUCUUCCCAAGACGAAGGAUUGUCCAGAGUCCUUGCAGUAACUGACGUGAGGGUCUUCCCAUGUUUUAAUUGGAAACCCCCUUUGGUCACAUUUCGAGGAUGACCAGCUGUUUUUUGGAGUGCCUUAGCUGAUGAGUUGUUUGUCUGUUUUUGUUCUUUCUUCAAAAAAAAAUAGUGAUUUCCCUCUCCAGGCUUUUUCAGACAGCAAAUGAAUUCAGGAAUUUCAGUGGGGCUGAGUGACCUGUGGAAUGACCUGCCAUUGUGGGCAGAGUGCUCUGGCUGAAACACUGCUUUGAACCUGAACCUGCCAUCCCUGUGGUGUGUUUGAGGCUCCGUGCCCAGGGGCUGCCAGGCACCUUGCGGUGUAAUUAAUUCUGGUGUGCUCUGGGGAAGAACGGGGUAAACGAAGAAGGGUCUCCCUUAUUCUGGUGGAUUUUGACCGUACUCGUUUCUAGUCUGCACUUUAGAAGGAAAGCAGUGUUAAUUUCCAGUCUAAAGAAAGCUCAGUAAAUGGGAGAGUUCUGGGCUACUGCCCUCCCCAGUGGAUUUGAAACUUCUAUAGGAUCCCUUAGAAAGCAUCACUCUAAUCACUCCUUUGCACAGAGGGCAAAGGAACUCAGUACCGCCAGCCAGCUUGGUUUAUAAAGUGAUUCCAUCAGAUCCACACUCCUGAUUUUUCCUGCUUGUGUGGCCAUAGAAAUGCCCAGCCCUGAGUGAUCACUUUCCUUUCUCCGUGCUUUAAGUGGUGAAGUUACCUUACAGCUUAGUGGAAACCGAGUGGUUUACCUUUUUCUAAAGAUGGUAUUUUCAGGGUUGUUUUUUUGUUUGUUUGGAAUGUGAGGUCUUGGUCCUCUUAAAAGCAGAUUGGUCAUGACUGAGCCCUGAGGCUCACUUGUCCUACACCAGGUGAAUAGAAGCCACUUCUGUGGGUGACCAGCUCCUGUCUCCCUGUGAAUUGCAGUCACAUUUGAAUUCACUGGUUUGGAGUCUAGGCCAGUUCUACACUGAAGGGGGAGCCCAGCAUGCUUCAGGGUUAAAAGGGGAGGCAACGAAGAGUGAAUCCCAGCUUAUAAACAACCUGUUCCUCCGUGACAUUAAAAGUCUGCCAUUGUGGUCAGAUGGCAACAUCUUUGCACAAAAGUGACCAAUCUGUUUACCCAGAGCUGUGAGAUGUGAGGAAGCCAUGAACAUAAGCACCUGCUAACACGAGUCAGCAUUGCUCCUCCUAGAAGGUUUGAUGGUCAGGGUGACGAGCUUCCAGACGAAGAUAGGACCCGAGAACCACAUCAAGUAAUUAAAUUUCAAGUUUGCCCUCGGAGUUCUCUCUGCUUCUGUUUUUUUGCUAUCCAGUACUAAUCCUCCUCUGAGGAGGAAGGGAAGCCCAGAAAUUGCUAGAAGUUCCCAGCCCCCACCCCUCUACCCCUGGUUCUCUACUCCCAUUGCAUGAUGACCAUCUUGGGACAGGCUGCUUACCUGAAAUGCUUGGUCGGCCAGCCAUUUUGGAGUUUGAGAGGAGACACGUGUUCUAGAACCAUCGGGGUAGAAGGCUGCACAGACCAAAGCCGCAUUUUUAAAACACCACCCUGGUCCUGUGGUAUCUCUGCCUUCUCUACAAGCCCUUUGCCAGCCUCAGAAUAGACCAGGUAACCUUGAAUUUCGGGUGUUUGCAAAGUCCGGCUGAAACCUGUCUCUCAUGCUGCUCACACAGCACCAGGGGCUCUGAACUGGCACUAAGACCAGUGGUUCCUCUUUUUGUGUGUUGAGUAACCUGAAACUCAGCAGUGGCCAGCGGCACUAAAGUUCAAGUGCACAUUCUAAUAUAAACCGAAGCAGUCUCUCUCGCUUCAGGACUCCAAAGCACUCUGAUACUUCCUGCAAGGACGCAGCUUAUUUUCCUGGCCUGCUGCUUGGAAUCUGAGCAGCAGCGAGAUGAAAACAGUACCAUUUCCCCUUGUGUUGGCAGACAGGCGCAGUCUAAAUUCCUGGCCUCAAGUUUCAGUCUCACCCUUAAAUUUUACUCUGGCAAGAAGGCAUGAUUUCUCACUCCACUUCAACCCUGAAGCUGAACUCUGGGUCACUAACACCUUCAAAUCGGGGCUCCUGCCCACCGCACGUGGGCUGUGUCAUGGCCCGCACUUGGGAGCACCUGGCGGCUGGGGAGAGUCGGGUAGGAAAGAUGCUGGGACCCUGCUCUGUGCUAACAGAUGUCAUUUGGCGGUCAAGUGUGCCCACCCUACCCAGUUUGUUUGUUCCCCCCACCCCCCUGCCCCGGGGAUCUGAGUCGAUGUGAGCUGUGCAUGAACCCAUUUUUUGUGAUGACCCAUUAAUAAUCCAAUCGAGGGUGGCCUGAAUCUGCUUGCCCUUCAUUCAGCCUCCCUGUGAGCACCAGCUGCUUACCUUCAUAGGAGCCCUGCUUUGUUAACUCUGAGAAGUGAUGCCACUGGGAGUAACCUCCCGACUUGAGGGAUACCUCCUUUCUAGUUAACUUCCUGGCAUUGGUGCUGCAUUUGAAGACGCACCUCAAGUCUGACCUCAAAUGUAUUGAUGGUUUCUCCACGUGCAGGAAGAGACCCUGUCGCUCACUGGGGCCAUAUUUUCCUGGGUAUCCGACGGAGGCCCUACAAGGGAGAACCCUUCGGUUGGAUCCUCUGAAGUCAAGAACUUCUGUUUUCCAGGGUUAGAUCCGGAUCCUUCAUCUGGCAGAGAACAGAAUGUCACAGCUGGUUUUGGAACCUAUUCCAGUUUAGCCAGUUACGCUCAGAGGACCAAGGGAGGUAUGUAGGGAGGAUGUCAUUUUAAAGACCUGGCAACUUUUUGGGAUUAUUUGUGGAGACUUCCCAAGGUGAGGAUCAGGAAAGAAAAUGUGUUUUGUUUUGUUUUUUGUUUUGUUUUUGUGAGUUCAAAAUUUUGUUUACUUAUCCUCUUUUCAAAAAUAGUUUAAGUGUAUGCUAAAGAAAAUGCUUGGAGAUUUGCCUGGGCUGGUGAGAGUUGGUUCAAAUUGUCGUGUGUGUUUGUAUAGGGAGGUGAGAAGACCAUCCACUGAAAGAGGAAGUCAUUAAAUAAUACGGCUAUGUGGGUGUUUUAAAACUCAAGCCAUCUGGUCUUUUUUUUUUUUUUUAAUGGAUAAAAAAAUAGCUGCUUUAGGAAAAUUAAAAGUUUUUAUCUGGUAAUUUCCAAAUUAAUGUAGAUGAAAAGUAAGAUAUGCACUAGAGUAAAUUGGAAGCAUUUUGGUAAUGUGUAUUUGCAGAGCCUUCGAAAUGUUAAUUUCGUAGUGAUGGCUAAGAUGCGUGAGGUUUCCUCUUUGUGAUGGUCACUGACCUCCUUCCAUGAUGAAGGUGAAAUCACUUGUCAAUGCAAACUGUAUUAGAAGUUAAUGAAAUAAAGCUUUGAGUUUGAGAAAUAAAGAUAUAUUUAAAAACCCCCAAAA